GCCCGGGCGGGGCGGCGCUGCCUGCAUGACCCUCCGGCGGCGCGGGGAGAAGGCGACCAUCAGCAUCCAGGAGCAUAUGGCCAUCGACGUGUGCCCCGGCCCCAUCCGGCCCAUCAAACAGAUCUCCGACUACUUCCCCCGCUUCCCGCGGGGCCUGCCCCCGGCCUCCGGGCCCCGUGCCGAGGCGCCCCCGGACGCCGCCGCUCGACCGACCGCGGCCAGCGCCGGCCGCCGCAGACCCUCCGACGGCGCCCGCGACGACGACGAGGAUGUGGACCGGCUUUUCGGAGCCUACGGCGCCAGCCCGGGCCCCAGCCCCGGCCCCAGCCCCGCGCGGCCUCCCGCCAAGCCGCCCGAGGACGAGCCGGACGCCGACGGCUACGAGUCGGACGACUGCACCGCCCUGGGCACACUGGACUUCAGCCUGCUGUACGACCAGGAGAACAAUGCACUCCACUGCACCAUCAGCAAGGCCAAGGGCCUGAAGCCGAUGGACCACAAUGGACUGGCGGAUCCCUACGUCAAGCUGCAUCUGCUGCCAGGAGCCAGUAAGGCAAAUAAGCUUAGAACAAAAACCCUGCGUAACACUCUGAACCCCACAUGGAACGAGACCCUCACUUACUAUGGGAUCACAGAUGAGGACAUGAUCCGCAAGACCCUGCGGAUCUCUGUGUGUGAUGAGGACAAAUUCCGCCACAACGAGUUCAUCGGGGAGACGAGAGUGCCCCUGAAGAAGCUGAAACCCAACCACACCAAGACAUUCAGCAUCUGCCUGGAGAAGCAGCUGCCGGUGGACAAGACGGAAGACAAGUCCCUGGAGGAGCGAGGCCGCAUCCUUAUCUCCCUCAAGUACAGCUCGCAGAAGCAGGGCCUGCUGGUGGGCAUCGUGCGGUGUGCACAUCUGGCUGCCAUGGACGCCAACGGCUACUCGGACCCCUAUGUGAAAACAUACCUGAAGCCAGACGUGGACAAGAAAUCCAAACAUAAGACAGCAGUGAAGAAGAAAACCCUGAACCCAGAGUUCAAUGAGGAGUUCUGUUACGAGAUUAAACAUGGGGACUUGGCCAAGAAGACCCUGGAGGUCACCGUUUGGGAUUAUGACAUUGGGAAAUCCAAUGAUUUCAUCGGUGGCGUGGUUCUGGGCAUCAACGCCAAGGGUGAGCGCCUGAAGCACUGGUUUGACUGCCUGAAAAACAAGGACAAGCGGAUUGAGCGCUGGCACACACUCACCAAUGAGCUCCCAGGGGCCGCGCUCAGCGACUGACUGCCCGCCUGCUGCCACUGCCCAGGCCCCUGGGCCCGAACAGGCCUGGCCUGGCUUCCUCAGCUGUCACCAAGGGCUGUGGCCCCCAUGCUGGGAAAGAUCCAAGAUACCCGCUCGGACACAGAGCCACUGCAACCCCAUUUGGUGGACACAGCACCCAGGCUCUCCGAAGGACAUGGGAGGGCAGAGUGCUCGGCCUGCUCUCCACCUCCUAGGGUGCAAGGGGCAGGCGGUGGGAGGAGAAGGCCCUGGCCACCCAGUGGGAAGGGCCUUCUAGAAGUCAGCAGGGCAGAGUACAGACAGCCGGGGUGCUCAGGUUGGCGCCAGAGAGAGCAAAUGAGGGAGACUGUGGGCAGUGGAGAACGGGACUUGGACAGGGGAGCCAAAGGAGCUUCCGACCACAUCCAUUCCUCUCUGGCAUGGCUGGGCAGGUGGAAAGAGGCUGUGAGCUGAGUCUGCAGUUCCUGAAAGCCGCAGGGUGAGGGCUUCACUCAAGCCCCUCCAGUGGGUGAGCUCUUGACUUGUAGCCCGGGAGCCGGAUGCAAACCAGGACUGAGGAAGGCCAAGCUAGCCUUGUGCCUGCAGUGAUGGGCAGGCAGGGAAGGCUUCUGGAAGGAGUAGGUGCCUCAGAAGGACUUAAAUGGUGAGAGGUCUCUAGGCAGAGCUGGAAGAACAACCUAGGCACUGGGAGUGGUCUGUAAAAUCCUGGGGGAGGGGAGAGGGGCUGGGGCCCAGGUGGGUGUUUUUUAGAUUUGUUAGGCAGGGGCUGGGCUUGUAGCAGAUGGGGAAGCUGAUGGUGGCGCAGGGUCAGGUUCAUUCCUCAGACUGCUCCUGGCUCUGGAAACCCUAAGUGUUCAUCAGCUGCAAUGGGGAAGAGAAAAGGGCACCUCUGGCAUGAAAAGAAGCAAACAUUCCUCCUGCACCCCUUCCCUUCCCCAGCCCCUCUGGGUUCAAGCAGGAUAGUCAAGGCCCUCAGGGUUCCCUGUAGCAUCCUGGCCCUGUUUGUGGUAUGAUCUGAUGUCCCUUUCAGGAGCGUUCAGUGGCAGUCCAGGGCCUGGUUUCUGGGACAGCCAGGAGCUGAGAGGCCUUGCCAGUCUUUCUCCCCAGGAAGGAGCUGAGAGCAUCUCAGUCUUGGGGUUCAGGCAUGAAGAAGCCUUCUGGAGCUGUGGCUGAACAAAUGCAGAACUAAGGUGUUUCAAAACUGCUGCUGAGCCCCACCAUGUUCAACCCUUUGUUGUGUGAGAGGACACAGGCCAAGAGGGAAGGUGACCUGCCCCCAGCCCUAGCACAGCUGGGACAGGAUCCAUGGCCCCCACCCCAGGCCAGAGCGCUGGACACUACACUGCAGGGGCAAUGGGGUGCGGGCCCAUGCGCUGGGAGUUCCACUCCUACCCUACACUAGGCUCACAGGCAUGAGGGCUGAACCUUCAGCUGCAAGCACAAGGCGCACCACCACCCAAGGCCAGAGGUGUUGGUUCAGAUCCCAAGUGCCCAUCAGCCCUUUUCAGUUGGCAGUGAACAACUGCAGCCCCUUGCAGUACCCAGCCUCCCUUGUUGCUCACAGAAACUUGGUUUCCUCAACUUACGGCAGUCUUUGCCUUGCGUCAUGAAAUUGACAGGCAAUGCCUUCAUGAAUCAUCACAACCCUAACCCUGUGAGGAGAGUAGAGCAUCCUCCCCUAUGAGGCUCAGAGAGACUGAGUAGUUUGCCAAAGUUACACAACUGGGUAGGAGGUGACUUGAGACUCAGACACAGGCCUUUUGAUUGGGCAUCAGGACUAAUCAAGGUCCUCUCUCAGUUGGUGCUCCAGCUGGAAUGGAAAGCCCUUGGGGCCAUGGUGGCAGGUAACAUUUUUAAGGGGCCCGGUGUCUGGGUGAGCUCCAGGUAUCAUCUCCAGUUUGCCUUGCUGAAUGCUUCAUUUUGACAGGGGCCUCAGCAGCCUGUGGAUAUGUGAAAGUGCCGAAUGGCAAAACUGGAAGGGCAUAUGGACCCCAUCUAGUGUGAUGUCCUUAUUAGCUACAUGGGGAAACAGGCUGCGAGGGAAAAGGGCAUGACUGGGACAAGUAACCAGGGUUCCUGGCGCCCAGUCCAGGACCUACUGCCCCAGGCUGUCCUGAAAGGGUCCCUGGUGAUUAGAGGGACUGUCAGGCUGGGAGGCCGGGCCUCUGGCCAGCUAGCUCGAGUGUAAGGUGGAGCGCUCCGCCCCGGCCGGAAGUGAUAACCGGUCUGAGGUUCUGGCCCUGUCCUAGGCGCGGUACACACUGCAUCUCUGUUAAAGAAAAAGCACUUUGAAAAGCUGCAGCAUCGACUCUGCCUUUCACCUCAAACAGGCAUCUUUCUUCUGGUCCAUUAGCCCAACAAAGACAGGAAAUCUGUUGCAAAAAAAAAAAAAAUCAUUCCAAAAUCAGUUGUCAGUAACAGGGGGGUCGCCCCGUGCGGUGCAUCCCCACCAGGCGCCCAGGUCUCCGCCCUGCCCACCGCCACCACUAGCCAAUCCCCGACGGGCCCGUCUUCCAACCCUGAGGCGGUAACCUCCUGACCUCUAGUGGCGAGAGUGAGGAACUGCACCGGCGCGCCCGCCCACCGAGCCCGGGCUGUGCAUGUGCUGCCCUUUGUUCCUUCUCAAACCGAGUGAACCUCCCGAUGCAUGGACUCUGGCUGUCGUCGACGCAGACUCGUGCACUGCUUAACACCGUUUUGCUACCAUGUGACGGCUGCAGAAACUGUCCUCAAACUGCAGCCCCACAACAAUUUUUGUACUUUGUCUGACCUGCCCACAGGUGUCCUUUAUAAGUCUUAUUUGUUAAUAUUUAUAAUGACAUAUAGCCCAAAGUCAAUGGAAACGUCAUACUGCUCUCA